AACAACAUGGCGCCCUGAAAACAGCUGUGAGUCAGUGUAUAGGAAGCUAUUGAAUGUCCGUCCUCGGGUAGUGUUUUAGCAGCAUAGAGCAGACGCAUACAAGAACUUCACCGAACACCACACCAUGUCUAAAGUCUCAGAGAAGUUCGAAUUCACACAAGACCCUCAGGAGUGUCACCGGCUGUACAUGAAAUAUCCUGGUGUAAACGGUGCAUACUGUGAGUUGGAAUGCUGCGUGGAUCAACGGCUCGACACCUUAGAUGUCGAAAGGGUUGCAACAGGCCGUUUAGCUUAUGAUAUCGGCUUGAGGAAUGGAGACAUUCUACGUUCGAUCAAUCUCACUAAAGUGGAAAGAGUUAGUGUAUCAUCUAUUGUGGAAACCAUGCAAUGGCUGGAUGUGGACCGUCCCAUUGUGAUUGGAAUAGAACGAAAACGCCAACAGCAAGUGGAGUUUUGGUGGUUUGUGUUCAAACUGGAAAACAAAGGAGGAUAUCCAGUGGUGGAUGUCAUUUUUAGCAUUUCUAAUGACUGUGGUGAAAUUCCUGAAUUUCAACAAGAUUUCCAAACCGUUAGCACUUUUAUGUACCAACCACCGCCGAUAAAAAUCAACAUCGUACAAGCAACAAGUCAGCUAUAUCUGAGUGUUCAGAGUGGAAAGCUCGAGUUUCUCACUUUCAAUCCAUCUACAGCCCAGUUUUACAUGUACAGGUAUGGUGGGUCAAAUCCAGCAAGAGGAGUUCCAGUUGCACUGGUUCAGAUGCCAUUACAAGAUGGCGAGUCUGAUAGUUGUAUCGAGACGGUCAGUUUGGACGAAGUUCAGCUUUCUUUAACUGAUUUCCCACCCUUCAUGACCAGUUCGCAACCCAUCUUGAGCAACAGUAGAUUCUUCUAUCACCGGCAAGACGGUGACGGUUUCAGUUCGUUCGAAAGCGAAUCUGAAAGUGGAUAUUACAUCGCGAAGGAUCCUGAAAGCGCAGACGCUAUUGCUGAAAAACCGCCAACCAGCUGUUCAGCGAUGCAUGUCCAUUCCGACGGACCAGCUAUAAAACUUUAAGUGUUCAGCUGGGACACCUAGUUUGGGGUGUGCAUCGUGGUGACGUCCAUUCGCCUGCAGCACACGGGCGUUGUUCAUACCGGUAACGAUGGAAGAGCUUAAACUCGGGAACUUCUGUUGUUUGUGGAAAAUAUAUGGUAUAUCCACAAACAUAGUCAAGGUUUCUUAUGCUUAAAUUGAUUGAUAUCUCAAACGGACUGAAUCAGUGUAAAAGGAAUGAUUCAGGAAAUCAAUAUCUGUUAUAAUAAUAUGUUAGUUUCAUAAAAUUAAAAUUGUUGGAUUAUGAAAUAAUCACAGUGCUCCAGCUGGCAAAAUGCAGAUCCUAGGGCAUACACAUAAUAGUCGUUGAUAUUUGUUCUUUUACUGUUGUUGUUGUUAAACUGCUAUUUUUCUAGCAACAAAGGUUGUUCACUUUUAUAAGUGAAACACCCACCGAAAACAUGCACCUGCUGACGUUUAGUAUACAAUUAGUUAAUUCAGUUCUUGCGGGACAGACUAAUUUCCGCCCUCUUUCAGAAUCGAAGUACAUAGUAUACUCACAGGGCGGAUCUGUUAGUGCGUCAAAGCAAUCCAAAUAAAGAGGUUUUUUAAAGGAUUUCAAACGUCCAAAACAGAAAAAAAGUUAAAAUAAAUAUAUCCAAGGUCAAAAUUCCUUAAAUAGGAGAAAAAUAGUCAAAUUUGUUUUAGUUUUAAUUACAUCUAUAAACAAGUGGAUGUAAAAAAGUGGAAGAUGGUAAAUGAAGCUGUAAUUUUAUCUCGUGGCUUGAACACCUUAGACAAGCAUCCGUAAUUGUUCAGAUUUUUUUUUUUUGAAUGAAGAUAACAUUUUCUGUGGCAAUCACGAAGUAGCUUGCAACAUUUACGGACAUUCAGACCAUGGCAAUAACAUGACUAAUCGAAUAGCUAUCUGAAUGUGAAGAAUCGGCAACGUGAAAAGUCGUCGAGAGAGGGCCAGUAUACCAGGCUAUCGACUUUAAGUCCCUUUGUUGUUUACAAUUGUUUACAACAAUUAUGGUAACGCUUUUAGGGAUCAAAAACGAGAAUCAGUCUUUCUUGGUAAUUUCCAUCUGCAUUUUCCUUUCAUUUUCAGUAAAAAUUCGAAGUUAACUGGAAACCAGUGUUGCAGCACUCGGUACUCGUACUCGAAUGUCAAAGUACGUACUCGAAAUGACGGUACUCGUACUCGGGCAGCAAAGUACUCG